AUCGUUUGUCUCUGAAUUCUUUACUCUCGCUCCGUUAUCUGAUAUUGUCAGAUGGACAUUCGCCGAUAUUUGGGAGGUUAAAAACUCAGGUGCGAAAUUUGUAAGUGUUAUCGAGUUUUUUGAUAGUAGCGUGCCAACAUGGCAAUGCGGAUCAUUAUUUUGGGUUUUUGCGUUUUUCUCACAACUGUAGCGGUAGACCGAAAUAAUUUUAAGACUUGCGAGCAAAGCAGCUUUUGCCGUCGGCUUCGGAAUCCGAAACAAGACGGUAGCCCUUAUGAACUUGACUUAUCAGCCCUUCAAAUAUUCGAUAAUUAUGUGGAAACAAAACUCAUUAACGUCCAAGCCAACAUUGAUUUAAAGUUUACAUUGACUGCAUUAGUUGGUAAUAUCUUUCGAGUCACUGUUGACGAAUCCAAGGGAGUACAUGUGAGAUAUAAACCUCAAUUUGCCUUGAAUGGAGAACCGCAAGUUACAAAAUUAGAAGUACUCGAAAGAAAUCAAAACAUAUUAAGUGUAAAAUCAGGUGAUAAUAAAGUAAUACUAACUGCUAAACCAUUUAAAGUAGAGUUUUACAAAAACAAUGUUUUGACCUCAAUAGCUAAUGGGAAAGGCUUAUUUGAAUUUGAACAUUACCGGAAAAAAAAAGAAGGGGAAAAUGACGUUGAUACCAAAGAAGAUCCAGGGGCCUGGGAGGAGAAUUUUAAAUCUCACCACGAUAGUAAGCCAAAGGGCCCUUCGGCAAUAGGGCUUGAUUUUACAUUUCCCGGAGCGAAAAGAGUUUAUGGUUUGCCUGAGCAUGGAGACAAAAUGGCUCUUAGAACAACUGGUCCUGGAGGCUCAGACCCUUACAGGUUAUACAAUUUAGAUGUUUUUGAAUAUGAAUUGGAUAGCACUAUGGCUAUUUAUGGAGCGGUGCCUUUAAUUCAUGCUCAUGGUCCGCUAAAUACAGUGGGUAUUUUCUGGCACAAUGCGGCUGAGACUUGGGUUGACAUAACUAAUAGCAAAGAUAGUAAUGUCAUGUCUUCUUUGGUUAAUUUGGUUUCUGGUUCUAAAUCUGAGUCUAGUGUUGAUGUCCAUUUUAUGAGCGAAAGUGGACUCAUGGAUUUCUUUGUUCUGAUGGGGCCAAAACCAAAAGAUACAGUUAAGCAAUAUUCUUCCCUUACCGGCGUCAGCCCAUUGCCACAGUACUUUACUUUGGCAUAUCAUCAAAGUCGGUGGAAUUAUAAUGAUCAAGAUGAUGUGACAACUGUCAACUCAAAUUUCGACAUUCAUAACUUGCCAUUGGAUGUAAUGUGGUUAGAUAUUGAGUAUACUGAUGGCAAAAAAUACUUUACCUGGGAUCCAAUAAAAUUUUCCAGUCCAGAAAAUAUGAUUAAUAACCUUACUUUGACUGGUCGGAAGUUGGUUGUUAUCAUCGAUCCCCACAUCAAACGGGAGGGGGGAUAUUUUCUCCAUGAAGAUGCUUUGGCCAAUGAUUUCUAUGUUAAGAACAAAGAUGGAACGGUCUAUGAAGGGUGGUGUUGGCCAGGCUCUAGCAGUUACUUAGACUUUUAUGACCCCCGCACCGCCGAUUAUUAUCAAAGCUUGUAUGGCGUGGACAAAUUCAAAGGUACCACCCACGACGUGUUUAUCUGGAACGAUAUGAACGAACCGUCGGUAUUCAAUGGUCCCGAAAUCACCAUGCCUAAAGACUGUAUCCAUUAUGGCGGAUGGGAACACCGAGACGUACACAACGAAUACGCCUUAUCGCAGACGUUCAGCACCUUCCAAGGACUGUUGAACCGCAGCCCGAAUCUGAGGCCUUUCAUAUUAACGCGAGGUCAUUUCGCCGGCUCCCAACGGUACUCGGCAAUGUGGACCGGCGAUAACAUGGCCCUUUGGACCCACCUGGCCGCAAGCUUUCCCAUGUGCUUGUCUGAAGCUUUGGGUGGAAUUAGUUUUUGCGGCGCCGACGUCGGAGGAUUUUUUAACAAUCCGGACGAGGAGUUAUUGCAGAGAUGGUACCAGGCGGCCAUUUGGUUGCCAUUUUUCCGCGCACACGCCCACAUCGACACCCGUCGUAGGGAGCCGUACUUAUUUUCUGAAACGGUUAUCGAUCGAAUUCGUACCGCUUUAAGGGUCAGGUACGCCCACUUGCCCCUGUGGUACACUUUGUUUUGGGAACAUGAGUCGACCGGAGAACCCGUCAUUCGGCCAUUGUUUUAUCAUUAUCCAGAGGACGAGGAAGUUUUCGAGACCGAUAACGAAUUGUUGGUGGGCGACUCGGUAUUGGUUGGUCUCGUCGCCGACGCAGGACUGACAACUGUGCAAGUCUACCUGCCUGGUGGAGAUUCGGCUCGCUGGUACGAUUUGCAAGAUUUCAAACUGUAUCGCGGAGGCACUCACAAGAUUUCCGUCGACAUGGAUAAGUAUUUGGCUUUCUACCGAGGCGGUAGCGUAAUACCGCGGAAGGACAGACCAAGACGGUCAUCUGCUGUCAUGCAUCACGAUCCGUUUACCCUAUAUGUGGCGCUAGAUGAGAAAAAGACAGCCUCGGGCACCUUAUACGUCGACGAUUACCACAGUUUCGAAUAUAGGAACGCGAAAAAAUAUUUGUACGUCAACUUCUCCUUUGUAGGCAACAAACUUACUAGCAGCUUUAUCGAUAAGACUGAUUAUCCGACAGAAGAGUGGAUCGAACGGGUGGUCGUCUUGGGACCUCCUGCGGGUAUUAAAGGAGCGAAAUUAAACAGUAAAAGUUUGGGUAUUGUUGCUUUGGAAGUUUCAUACGACAGCGAGUUGACAUCACUUACUGUUAGAAAGCCGGGGGUUAGUAUUAGAGAACCGUUCACAAUUGAGCUGGUUUGAGUAUGGUAUCAUCAAAUCGAGAAGGGGAAAUGUUUUUGGGCGGGGGUGCAUCAUCAGCGGUGGUACAUGUUGAAUAUAUUGAAGUGACUGAUUUUUUUAUAGGUCUACUUUAUUUGAAAUUAGUAUAAACUAUUGUAAUUAUUUCACCCUUUUACGAUUGGGAACUAAAUUCGAU